AUGGAUGCAAUUAAUGAAUUUAUUGAAAAUGUCAAUAUAUUUUCAUCAUUAAAAACAGGAGUUAUACCAGAUUUCGAGAAGUAUUUCCUUAAUUUCAUCAAGGUUCAUAAUGUUUUAGAUUUUUGUAGGGAAAUUUACACAAGAACGGACUCGCAGAUGGUACAUUUGAUGUUUUCUAUUAUAUUUAAGUUGUUUUUACAAAACCAUUGGGAUGAAUUAUCUGCAGAUGUUCAAGAAUCUUUAUUCAAUUCAUUAACUGAAUUUGUUAAACAAAAAGUCAACUCAUAUUUGCAAUUAAAUUGCUGUUUAUCAGAUAUUGUACUACUUAAUCCCAAUAUUGCUCAAAAUUAUUUUGAUUCCAUCGACGAUAAAGAAUUAAGGUACGAUUUCCUUACGAACAUUGUAUUCGACUCAAGUAAAAAUCUCUUAAAACGCUUUAGAAAUCAAGAAACAAUUGAUGAAAUUUUAGCACAAUUAUUACAGGUCAUUUUUGAUAAUUUUGAUAAUUACGAAGGUAAGCAAAGAUAUGAUUUAAUUAAUAACUCAAUCCGACUAGCUGUUAACGUCUCAAUUUACAUUCCAUUCGAGACAGAAUUAUAUUCGUUGUCAACGAACCCAGAAACCAUCGAUUAUUUAGUACCAAUCAUUGAUUCAAUAUGCAGCAUCUCCAAUACACGCGUUGAUGAAACAAAUGAAAGCUUUUUCAAAACAAUCCUUCAUUCUGCCUUUCAAGUUGCCAAUAUUUAUCUCCAACAAGAGAAUAUCGAUGACGCUUUAGCUAUGAUUACUAUGGCCGUAGAAUUUGACGCAAUUUACAUAUUUUCACCUGAUUUUUCUGAAGAACUCGAAUUUAUCGUCCGAACACUUAAUACUCUUGUUGAAAAUGAAUUAUUCGGUAACGAAAUGUUCAGGGAACUCAUAAAACUGUUUAUUUUUUCUUGUGCUGUUCCAAUCGAAUCUGACAAAAAAUUUAACUUUUACAUAUUGAUUUUGGAUAUCGUUGUUCUUUUCGCAAACAAUGGCGUUCAAUUUGGCGACUGCGAAUUCGAUUUCGUUGAAGGAUAUUUACAAUCCAGAAUUGUAACUUAUUUUGAACAAAGAUUGACAUCAAACCUUCAGCCAGGCCAUUUUAUGCUUGUUACCAAGUUUAAAAUGAUUCCUCAACGAAUAAUUAACCCAAUGGUUCAAUAUUUAAUUGAAAAUCCAUUUUAUGACUUGAAUUCAAUAUUGUUUAUUGCAUCAUAUGGUAUUAAAUAUAAAUCACAUAUCAGAGAAUUCAUAAAUAUCCUUACAAGCGUUCCAAUUGAAUUAAUUUAUGAUUCUGCCCAAAAAAUUUGUGAAAUCAUGGAACGAGUUCCUGCUUCAAGGAGUUAUAUUAAUUCUAAUAUGAUUUCAUGGCUGGCAACUGGUUUAAACAACAUAAAAGAUAUUCAUUCAAUUUAUGUUGUAAAAACAUUAAUAGCUAUAGCAUUUUGGUAUCCUCAAUAUCAAGAUGAUAUCACAGAUGCUGUUUCUAAUUAUGUUUCUGAAAUGAUUGAGUAUCAAAUUGCAAAUAAGCAAGAAUCGUUCAAUGAAUUCUUGAAUGAAAUAACAAAUGCAAUUUAUGAGACAGAAGUAUCAAAUAUUGACAUUAUGUCUUAUAUUUCGGAAGCAAUUUUUACGAAUAUUUCCGGAUACGUUCAAAUUCCAAAUAAUUUUACACAAAGUUCUAUUGCAAUAUUAUUCCGUGCAAUAGGAAGAUACAUUCCAAUAGAAAACUAUAGAGAAUACUUAAUUUUUGUUCUAACUCAUAAUCCCCAUCCAUUUCAUGUUAAUUGUUUCAUAGGUUUCCCACAAUUAUUGCCAUGCGAUGAACUUGUACAGUAUAUUUCUUCUGUAGAAGGCGAAGAUAAGGAAAUAACUUAUAAUAACGCAUUUAAUUUGAUUUUAAGCUUAAGUUACGAGAAGGAUGCUGAUUCAAUGAUUGAAAAAGCUCUUAGUGUCCUCUCAAUCGACCAAUUAAAGGAAUUAUCGAUGUUACCAAACAAUUUGAUAGCUUAUAAUGCUCUUUUAGUCAUCCAGAUGCUUAUCAGAUAUAAGAAAGAGAUAACAUCCCAGUUUAUUGAUACAAUUUACCAAAUUUUCGGAAAUUCAUUAAAUCCGAAAAUUUUACUUCUUACAUUUAGGAUUUUAUCAAGUAUAUGUGAGACAUUCCCUGAAGAAAAGCAAAAUAUCAUGAUAAAUAUUUGCCAAAUAUUGCGCGAAACACCAGAACAUAUUUCAGCACCAAUUAUUGCAGCUAUUGAAGGAAAUGUUGAGCACAAUCAACAAUUUAUUACAUUUGCUAAAUUCUCGAAUGAACUUAGCUUAUGGAGGAAUGAAAACACUCAAACAAAUCCUGAAUUUUUAAGAUCAAUAGCUAAUGCGCAUAAGGAUGCAAAUUAA